AUAAAUUAACACAUAUAUUUAUAUUGCGUUAUACGGAGCUUGAGUUUGGGUGAAUUUGUGUGAGAAAAAUAUAAGAACGACGAGUGAAAUUAUACAAAGUUGUAUCAAUCGUUUGGAAUUUCAAAGCUUAUUCAAAUGAAUGCGUUCGGUGCGUGAAAUCAAAGUACAUUCAUAGAUAGUUUUACGUGCAAAACAGCCACGUAAGGACUGAUUCGAAUUUUAUACACAAGCAAUCAAGUGCAUAAAUAGCAGUUAAAGUGCAUCCCACAGUUGUGUGAUUUUAAUUCUGCGAAAGUUAUACUUGGAUUAAUGUCUUAGCGGAUAUAUUCAUAUAUAUAUAUGAAUGGAAUCGCUUGUAAAUACACACAAAUUGUCCAAGUAGUAAAAAUUUACUAACAAACAUAAACAGCGAUUUUGCUGAAAUUGCAUAUCACGGAAAAUAAUUAUAUAAAGCUGCAUAAUGUCGAGUCAAACCCCAACAGCGUCAAAUAGUAAAGAAAGCAAUAAUGAGAAAAGGGAUGGCGUAGGCGAUUGUGGCUGCAGUCGUCCGUCUGUCACUGCAGUAAGCAGUGAAAGCAAAGAAAACUCCAGAAAAAAAGAUUUCUUGGAAAAUAUAGAAAUUGAAGAUCAGACUCACGGGACAGACUCAGGGUUUUUGUCUUGCCCGCUAAGCUCUAAUUUCGAAGAGCAAGAGGAACAGAAACAUAACUCUGCCGGAAACCAUUCAAACAAUUUUGACAAGUUAAGCAGUGACGAAAGAACGGUAGGCUAUACCGAAGAUUCAUAUCGUCACGAGAAGGCUAAGGAAGAGGUUUAUGUGGUUGAUUCGGGUUGCAUAGAAGAAGAAGAAUACGACGAGUCUAACGACGCAGAAACGAAAGCCGAACAACAACAAGAACAGAAUUCACAUAGCACAACUGGUGCAUCGAGCAUCACAAAUUCGCACGAUUCAAAAAUGAAACUCAAACACGAUGUCGAUGCCCAUAUUUCCGAAAGAUUUUGCAGUCUAAGUUUACAAAAUGAGCCAAUAAAUAACUUGAACGCGUCUGGCAGAGUGGCGACAGUUGAGCCUGUAGCAACAGUACCAACAAAAACGGCAGAUUCUAAUCAGCUAGAAGCAUGGGAACAAUGCUACCAACAAAAUGAUGAAGGAGACACCUACCUUCACUUGGCGUGCAUAUCAGGACAUGAAAACGUUGUAGCAGCUCUUAUCCGUCUCGCUAUACAUCCCUGUCUUCUAGACAUAAAGAAUGAUUACAGCCAAACUCCAUUGCAUCUAGCGGCGCUCACAAAGCAAAGAAGAAUUUUGCGCAUGCUCUUACUUGCCGGUGCUGAGCCAACUAUUCGGGACCGCCACGGAAAUACAGCUUUGCAUCUUGCCUGCAUGUCUGGCGAUGAGCAAUGUGUCAGUGCGUUAACAGUGCCAUUCAGUGCUUCAGAGAUCAACGAAGCGCAUCGUCAGUAUGGUUACAGGUCGAACGAUAAAUUAUUUUCUUCUCUAAGUUAUGCACGCUUACCUCCCGAUUUAGAGAUUCGUAACUACGAUGGCGAAUAUUGUGUUCAUAUCGCUGCCGAGGCGGGCCAUUUAAAAAUACUAAGUAUUUUAGUACAACAUGGCGCGGAUAUCAACGCCAGAGAAGGGAAAGGUGGCUACACACCGCUACACAUGGCCAUUGAGAAGGGCAAUGACGAGCUAUUCAAUUUCCUACUCGACGAUUGCAAACAGACUCUGAAUUUGGAAACAUCAACGUUCGCCCGAUUGACUGCAUAUCAGUUUGCUUGUAUUUUGAAGAGAUCGCAGAUGGAAAGCAUUUUGGAAAAUCAUGGUGCAGAGCCUCUCACACCACCGGAGAGUGAAUCCGAAAGUAGCGGCGAUGAAUCGGAAUAAACAUACAACGCUUCUUUCUUCUCAUUAAAAAGUUCUACGUUUUAGUAGAGCCAACGUAAUAAUCAAAGUGUUUUCAUCUACUCUAAGAGCAUUUGAACGUAGAGAGAAAACCCCGCAGAGUUAUUAUUGUUUGUAAUUUAUGAAUUGUUUUGACUCAGUUAUUCCCUAGUCGAAUAUAUGUACCUAUACUUGCAAUAGACAAUUUGUUUUGAGGCAGUUUUGUGUUGUAACCACCUUUGAAUCCUUGUUAUUUCUGUAAUUUAAAUAAUGGAUCUAACUUUUACUAUCUAAGAUCGUGUGUCUGAAAGAACGGGGAAUAGAAUAAGUUCUUAAUCCAACUGUAUUAUUUGAUAAGUUGUGCACAAAUUGUAUGCUACCGUAAAUAUAAUUUGAGAUAUCGUUCAUGAUCGCAUAAAUUGACUGACAUUAUAAGAACAAUAUGAAAAAACAAGAAACU